GCCUGUGGAGGGCGGUUCGACUUGGUUCAGGGUCAGUCCGGGUCCGUCCGGGUCCGUCAGUGAGAUCUCAGUCCGGGUCCAGAUGUUCCGGUUCGGGCUCCGGAGGCUCCGGCAGCUCGACCGGCCUCUGGGCCUCCUCUCUGCCGGCUCAGCUCGCUCCUCCAGCGGCUGUGCUCCGGAGCUGCCCGCGGCCCAGGUCCGGAGCCGCUUCCUGGAGUUCUUCCGGCAGAGGCACGGACACCUGCUGGUCCCGUCCUCCCGGGUCCGGCCCCGGGGAGACCCCAGCCUGCUGUUCGUCAACGCCGGCAUGAACCAGUUCAAGCCGGUCUUCCUGGGCACGGUGGACCCCCGCAGUGCCAUGGCCUCGUACCGCAGGGUGGUCAACAGCCAGAAGUGUGUCCGAGCCGGAGGCAAACACAACGACCUGGAGGACGUGGGCCGGGACCUGUAUCACCACACCUUCUUCGAGAUGCUGGGAACCUGGUCCUUUGGAGACUACUUCAAGGAGGAGGCGUGUUCGAUGGCGUGGGACCUCCUCACGGAACAUUAUGGGAUUCCUGCAGACAGACUCUACGUGUCCUACUUUGCUGGAGAUGCUGCGUCGGGUUUAUCGGCUGAUGAGGAGACUCGACAGAUCUGGUUGGACAUCGGGGUCCCCCCCAGCCGACUCCUGCCAUUCGGCCUCAAGGAGAACUUCUGGGAGAUGGGAGAGUCGGGCCCCUGUGGCCCCUGCACCGAGAUCCACUACGACCACGGGGGGGGGCGAGACGCCGCCAGGCUAGUCAACGCCGACAGUCCUGAGGUGGUGGAGAUCUGGAACCUGGUCUUCAUUCAGUACAACAGGGAGUCGGACCACAGUCUGCGCCUGCUGCCUCGGUUCAGUGUGGACACUGGUCUGGGUCUGGAGAGGCUGGUGAGCGUCCUGCAGGGGAAGAGGUCAAACUACGACACCGACCUCUUCACCCCCCUGCUCCACGCCAUCCACCAGGUGUCAAAGGUCGGGGCGUACGGCGGCCUGACGGGUGCAGCCGACCAGGGGAAGGUGGACAUGGCGUACAGGGUGGUGGCCGAUCACAUCCGCACGUUAUCAGUCUGCAUUGCAGACGGCGUUCAUCCUGGCAUGUCCGGAGCCGAGUUGGUGCUGAGGAGGAUUUUACGCAGAGCGGUUCGUUUUUGUGUCGAGGUUCUUCAGGCUCCUCCCGGUGCGCUGGCCAGCCUGGUUCCCACGGUUACCCACUCCCUGGGCGACGUGUACCCUGAGCUGCACACGGAGGUCGACCGGAUCAUGGACAUCAUUAACGAGAAUGAGGCUCAGUUCCUGGCGUCUCUGCAGCAGGGCGGCAGGCUGAUCCUCCGCACGCUCAACAAGAUGGAUCACACACAUGGAGUCUUCCCUGCCCCGGUGGUCUGGUCUCUACACAGGGAUCUGGGUUUUCCACUGGACCUGGUCGACCUGAUGUUGGAGGAGAGAGGAGUCCGGGUCGACCGCCAGGAUCUGGAUCGACUCAUUGCAGGAAACCAAAAGGUGGCGUCCGAGCUGCGGUCAGGUGACCAGUCUCACUCGAUGCUGGACGUGGUCAGCCUGGCGGCGCUGCAGCGUCUCGCCGUCCCUCACACCGACGACAGCCUGAAGUACCAGUACCGACAGGAAGAGGAACAAUACGUUUUCCCUCCAUGCAGUGCGACGGUCCUGGCGCUGUACGACGGUCAGACUCUGGUGUCAGAGGUCACUAAGGGUCAGCGCUGCGGCGUCAUCCUGGAUCAGACGUGUUUCUAUUCUGAGCAGGGGGGGCAGUCACAUGACCAGGGCUACUUCACACGCGAUGGCCUGCAGGAUGUGCUGUUUCCUGUGGAGCACGUGGUCGUGGCGGGGGGGUACGUGGUCCAUCAGGUGACCGCCACUGAGCUUCUGCAGACCGGAGACCAGCUCCACUUACACCUGAAUCAGGGACACAGGCUGGCGUGCAUGGUGAGACACACGGCCACUCACCUGCUGAACUUUGCUCUGAAGACAGUUCUGGGUCCUUCAGUUCAUCAGAGAGGUUCUCACGUGUCAGCUGAUCGACUCCGCUUCGACUUCACUGCCAAGGGUUCUCUGAGCGUGUCUCAGCUGCAGCAGGUAGAAAGACGUGUUAAGGACAUGGUCUCAGCCAAUCAGAUCGUCCACAGCCAGGAGCUUCCUCUGCAGAGCGCCAGGAGCAUCGAGGGACUGAGGACCGUGGACGAGGUGUAUCCUGACCCUGUCCGGGUGGUGGCGGUGGACGUCCCGGUUUCUGAGCUGUUGGACAAGGGGACAGAGAGACAGACGUCUGUGGAGCUCUGCUGUGGAACUCACCUGCUGAAGACCGGAGCUAUCGAGGAUCUGGUGAUUGUCUCCGAGAGACAGAUGGUCAAAGGAAUCAGUCGCAUCAUCGCUGUGACGGGACAGGAAGCGACCCGGGCUCGGGAGGCGGGUCAGGUGUUGUCUGAGGAAGUGGACUCUCUGGCAGCCAGACUGACAGACUCCACCCACUGCAGCUUUGACUCCGCCCAGCGCUUCGCCAAGGAGAUUGGCGUCCUCUCUGAUACUGUAGACACCACACCCGUUCCCCAGUGGCAGCGCAGGGAACUGCAGCACGGACUCCGAGCUCUGCAGAGGAGCAGCCACACGGCCGUCAGGAAGCUGGAGACCAGAGAGGCUGCGGGUAACGCUCAGGCUCUGCUGGAGAAGAACGGCAGGAAGGUUCUGCUGGUGGACGCGUUGGAGACGGACUCCCUGUCGGUUGUGAUGAAGACGGUGAACCAGGUGAGCGCCCUCGCUCCGCUCAGCUUCGUGAUGCUGCUCGCUCACCAGAGGCAUUCUGGGAAGGUUCUCUGUGCCUGUCAGGUUCCUAAGGAUGCAAACUGUCUCCCGGCCUCUGAUUGGGCGCUGGCGGUGUGCCGUCACCUCGGGGGGAGUGCUGGUGGCACAGCAGUGGUUGCCAAGGGAACAGGAAGUAGCAGUGACAUCACAGAGGCUCUGAGGUGGGCCGAGGAGUUUGCCCGACAGAAAACACAGCGAUGACGUCUUGAAGAGAAGUGAGAUGAGGUCACAGCGCCUCCUGGUGGAGGAUGUUACACCAGCCACAGCUGUCUCCUUCUCAUUGGACAUCAGCUUCAGCCUUUAAAUGGACAUUUCAUUGAUUUGAACUUCUUUGUUUUAAAAGAAAUAAAAACACAGAUUCUGUUUUUAAA